AUGGAGUGCGGCGUAACGGGAGCGAGUUACACGAACGGCACUACGCCUGGAGGCGGUGGGGGCGGAGGCGGCAUCCUCGCAGACGUGAGGUCGGAAAGGUCACCGGCCAAGACUGGCUUGCACGUCAAUUUCAAGGACAAGGGAGAAAUCAAGGAGAAACGGGAGAAGUUUCUUACCGCCAAGUACGGACACCAUCAAAUGAGUCUUAUCAGGAAGCGGCUUGCUGUUGAAAUGUGGCUGUACGAAGAGCUGAAAAAACUUUAUGAAUGUAAAAGUGCGAAACAAGUAGAUUCUGUAAAUAAUGACGAAGUUGAGGUGGAUAUAGACGAACUACUAGAUAUGGACAGUGACGACGAGCGACGGAGGCAUUUACAGAAUCUACUGAUAAAUGCCAAAGGAUCCCAAAGUGAUAUAAAAGUAAGUAAGAUGUGCUUUAUCUACAGACUUUUUAUGAUUUCACUAGGCAAUGCAAUCAUAAGUGUAAAAUACUCAGCGUUGCCUGUUUCAACUAUUUUGAAUUAG